CGACUAUAUAAACUCGUCAAGGGAAUGAACUACAGAUAAUCGCGUCGGACGAGCUUUACUAUCUGAGAAUGCAGCGAGCGCAGGAGAAGAUGGAGCGGUUGGAGAAGCCAAAGAAAGAAAGACUCCGCGUGUGCGUGGCCACUUGCAACCGAGCGGACUACUCCAAACUGGCACCCAUCAUGUUUGGCAUCAAAUCUCACCCGGACAUCUUUGACCUGGAGGUGGUGGUGCUGGGUUCACAUCUCAUUGACGAUUACGGAAACACGUUCCGUAUGAUUGAGCAGGAUGACUUUGACAUCGGCUCCAAAUUACACACCAUAGUUCGCGGUGAGGAUGAGGCUGCCAUGGUGGAGUCUGUCGGCCUGGCGCUCGUCAAGCUUCCCGAUGUCCUCCAACGUCUCGCGCCCGACAUUCUGCUGGUUCAUGGUGACCGUUUUGAUGCUUUGGCUCUGGCGACGGCGGCGGCUCUGAUGAACAUUCGGAUAUUGCAUCUGGAGGGUGGAGAAGUGAGCGGAACCAUCGACGACUCCAUUCGCCAUGCCAUCUCCAAACUGGCACACUACCACGCCGUGUGCACGCUCUCUGCCGAGAGACACCUCAUCUCCAUGUGCGAAGAUCACUCUCGCAUCUUACUGGCCGGCUGCCCGUCGUACGACAAGCUGCUCUCCGCCUACAAACGAGACGAUUAUGCGGACAUCAUCAAGUCGUGGAUCGGGGACGACGUGAAGGAACAGGACUAUAUUGUAGCCCUCCAGCAUCCUGUUACCACAGAUAUCAAGAACUCCAUCAAGAUCUACGAGUUAAUGCUGGACGCUCUCAUUUCCUUCAACAAGAAAACUCUCAUUCUCUUCCCGAAUAUUGACGCAGGCAGUAAGGAGAUGGUUCGUGUGAUGCGGCGGAAGGGAAUCGAGCAGCAUCAGAACUUUCGUGCAGUAAAGCAUGUGCCGUUCGAUCAGUUCAUCCAGCUGGUGGCUCACGCAGGCUGCAUGAUCGGAAACAGCAGCUGUGGAGUUCGGGAAGCCGGAGCGUUCGGGACGCCUGUCAUAAAUCUGGGCACUCGGCAGACAGGCAGAGAAACAGGGGAAAAUGUUCUACAUGUGCGAGACGCAGACACUCAUAAUAAAAUCUAUCAUGCCCUCGAGCUGCAGUUUGGAAAACGCUACCCCUGCUCCAAGAUCUAUGGAGAUGGAAACGCAGUCCAGCGCAUUUUAAAGUUCCUGCAGACCAUCGACCUCUCAGAGCCUCUGCAGAAGAAGUUCUGUUUUCCUCCAGUGAAGGAGUGCAUCUCGCAAGACAUCGACCACAUUUUGGAGACCCAGAGCGCACUUUCUGUCGACCUGGGCGGAACAAACCUGCGUGUCGGCAUCGUCAGCAUGAAGGGUAAAGUGGUCAAGAAGUACGUACAGUUAAAUCCCAAGACGUUUGAGGAGAGGAUAGAGCUGAUUCUGACCAUGUGUAAACAGGCCAUGGCAGAUGCCGUUCACCUUAACUGCAGGAUCCUGGGUGUGGGUGUGAGCACAGGGGGCCGUGUGAACCCUCAGGAUGGUGUCGUUCUUCACUCCACCAAGCUAAUAAAGGAGUGGAGUUCGGUGGACAUCCGCACGCCCCUCUCCAGUGCCCUGCAUCUACCCGUGUGGGUCGAUAAUGAUGGGAACUGCGCUGCUCUGGCUGAGAGGAAGUUUGGCCAUGGCAAAGGCGUGGAGAACUUUGUUACCAUUAUCACUGGAACCGGUAUUGGAGGUGGUAUAAUCCAGCAUAAUGAGCUGAUCCAUGGCAACACAUUUUGCGCAGCUGAACUGGGACACAUCGUGGUGUCGCUGGAAGGACCAGAAUGCAUGUGUGGAGGCCACGGCUGCAUAGAGGCCUAUUCAUCAGGUCUCGCUCUGCAGAGAGAAGCCAAGAGACUCCAUGACGAGGACUUGCUGCUGGUGGAGGGAAUGACUCUGAAUAACAAAGAACAGGUGAACGCCAUUCAUCUGAUCAACGCUGCUCGACUCGGCAACUCCAAAGCAGAGACUGUCCUUCACACCGCGGGUACAGCUUUGGGUUUGGGCAUCGUGAACAUCCUGCACAUGAUCAACCCGUCUCUGGUCAUUCUGUCUGGGGUUCUGGCGGUGCAUUAUGAGACUCCGGUCCGCCAGGUGAUCGGCCAGCGGGCACUGCUCACCGCACAGGGGACCAAAGUCAUGGUGUCCGACCUGGAGGACCCAGCGCUGCUAGGAGCCGCUAGUAUGGUGCUGGAUUACACCACCCGCAGAACUUACUGAAAUAUCACUCACAGACUCAAAGAACCAAGGCCAAUCAUGUGCAGCAUCCUUGCUCUGAAGGUUUUUUUAAAAUGUGUAGUUAUUUCUGUAGGUGCUGUUUGCGAAUAACUUUUAAUAAAAAAAUAAAAUAAAAGUUUACAUUUACAUAAUAAUUUUGUGUGUAUAAGCUAUAUUUAUUAUGUAUAUGUAAAUACACACGUGCAUCUAUACAUGUUUGUAGAUGUAUAGAAAAUGCUUAUUUAUAUUAAUAUAUACAAUAUUUAUAUAUAACAUAUAUUUAUAUAUGUCAUUUCAUGUAAAUAUUUUUAAGUUAUAUAUGUGUGUGUGCAUUAAUACAUAUAUAAAUAUACACCGUUAUGUAAAUGCAAACUUUUAUUUUUGUUUUUUGUCUCGGUUAAUUUUUAAACAGCACUAGUACUUUUAUUAUUUGGGAACAAGUAUUGAAGGAUAAAUUAAAUUUUUGUGAGAAAGCUCUUAUUUAAUGUUUGUAUAAAGGAAAACACACUCUGUGUCUUGCUUUGGUUUUUUUUUGUUUUUUUUAAUUGUUUUUAGAAAUUGUACCAUGUAAAAUGUUGGUAAAAUUAUGGCUUAUUUGUUGCCAAGCCUUUUUUGUCUUCCAGAAUUAUGUUCAACUAUAUUAAAUUAAACAUGUUUGAGUUUAGUUUUCGCUUUGAACAAAAUAAGGUCCUUUAUCAUAGUAUUUUUAUUUUACUAUGGAUUUCAUCUUUUUAAAUCUCAUAUAAAGUUUUUGAACAUCUCGAGGAUGACUAAACGCUUAGUACAUUUUCAUUUUUGGUUGAACAAUGCCUUUAAAGACACUCAGCUGUAUGAAUGGGAAAAAUGUCUGUCCACUGUGUUUUCCUUAAUUUAAUAUUUAAAAUCAUGUACAAACAUUUAUAUUAAAACCAAUGAGAACACUGUUACCUUUUAUUGCCAAUGAAUUUAUUUAAUAUAUUAAGAGUUCAGUUGUAAACCUAUUGAAUAUACGUGGGCCAAAGAUGAGAUGCUUCAUUAUGGUUUCCACAUCAAAUGCAAUUGUUUUAUAUACACUGAAAGCUUAGUAAAUGGAGGUAGAAAUUAUUUUGUAAAAAUUAAAUGUCAAAUGUAUGAAAAAAAUUAUCUUCCAUUGUCAUUUAGUGUCUCACUUAUGCUUUUGGAAAUGUGUAAAAGAAUAAUUAAUCGUAUAUAAUGUUGUUAUAUUGGAAAAGCUUGUUAACACUUGGGUAAAGCCUUGUGGUUUGAAGGAUUGUGGAAAAUAUAAAGAAUUAAAAUGACAUUUAUUCAGA